GCGACUUGAUCUAGUAAAGAUCCUUCGGCACUCGUAAACACCCUUUGUCACUCAAAUUCCUUGAGCUACGUCCUUUAGUUUGUCAUUGUUUUUUUCCGCACUCGAAACGGAACCAGGGUUUAAGGUAAUCAGACAGGUUUGCCCUUAAACUGUACCCUUCCCAUGGUUUUCAUAUCCAUAUCUACAUAUCCUUUGAAGCAAAAAAAAGGUGCACUAGAUGACUCAACAGCUGACCAAAUAGUUGUUAUAAUUAAUGGAGAAUGGAACAGGAAUUGUGAGACAGGAUUUUUAUGGCUCAUUUUCCUCAGCUUUCUCUUUUCUUACACUUGCUGUAUGCUCAGAGUAAGAUACAUAUUCUUAUACUUCCUUAAGCAAUUCUUACAUUAAUGUUUUAGAAGUAAACAGGCAUAAGAAUACAAAUAUAAAAAAUAUAACUAAUAAAUGAACAGGCAUAAAUACAUUUACAUUUAAAAUGAGAUUAGUAUAUAUUUAGGUUCAAUGAUAGAUAAAAGGAUAUAACGAAGAAAAUGAGGCACAAUUAAAAUAAAUAGAACUAAAAAAAAUCUACAAGCAAAAAUUCAGUCAAAUAAAGGAUUCAAAUUGGAAAUGUAUUAUUUAUUUGAAGGCAACGAACUAUGGAAAUGAAAAGAAAAUGUAGUUAAAAGGACAGGUGUAAGACGUGCUCAUUAGUCACAUUUAACAUAGGAUUGUAUGUUUAGGUUCUGAAAGAUAGACAGAGGAAUGAAACAAAGCGAACAAAGUACGAUUGAAAUGAGCGGAUCUCUGAAACGAGGACUCGAUUCGAUGCUGCGCGAACGAGGGACGGAUGAACGUAAAAAGAAAGAAAAGAAAACGCAAGAAAUGGACGCUCUUAAUUGUCAAUUUUACGAGACGAGAGUAACGAAGGUCAACUGUUAUCGUUAUCGUCGUCGUCAGCGCUGUUUAUCGACGUCGCGCGCCGAUCACGAAAAGUCCGCGAGGCGAUAAAAUAAUUAUAGACUGUGAAAGAAAAAAAAGGGAAAGGCUCGUCGUUUACAAAACGUAAGACCAGCAUUGGCGCGAUCCGAACGAGCCAAUUCAAGAAUUUGAUCGCUAACGCGCGAAAGCGACCUUCGUUCGUGACGAUGAAGGGAUGAAAUUUAUUUAACCGCGAGGGCAAUCCCCCAACGCCGGGUGAAUUACGUUUUUUCAUGGAAGAAAACCUAUUGGAGACGCCAGAGAGGCUCGAUCGUAGAUUUCCCCUUCCUUAUCAUGGAUAGUUAAUAUUCGACGUUCACCCGACGAGCUGAGGACUCAAGCCAGAGACACGAAUUGACGAGCAAGAGGAGUAUACUCUCGUUCGUGCGCGAAUAGACAUCGCGUUCGACUUACUCGCAUCGACAUAAUUUAGCGCUAAUUUUGAUUAAGUAAGCUUUUGAUUUUGAUAUUUCUAAUACAACAAUAUAAAUUUUGUAAAGUGUUCUAAAUAAGCAAUUUAAUUUAUUUAAAUAGAAUUUUCUUUUUGACAAAUAGUAGGUUGCAGAUAAAAGAAAAUCUUUCAAAACAUUUUGAAAAACUAAACUUUUUUUAGGCUAAUAAGUAAUAAAAUCAUUAAUAAUUGUUUCCUUCAAUUUUCCUUUGAGGAAAAGUAUUUCCUUUGAUUUGUAAAAAAAAUUAUUAACAUCGAAUCUGUUUAUUUUGAAACAUUUUGCAUAUGACAGAUAGGACAAAAUUAAGUAUAAACGAAUUUCUUAAGAUAUGUAUCAUGUAAUAUGUUUAGUUUAAAUAAUUUAAUUAACGGAUUUUUAUUAAGCAUUACAAUUAAUAUCAGUAUCAUUUUUGUUGAUCACGAUAUUGAAUCGUUGAUAAAGAUGAGUUUCUAUUGUACAUUACAUUAUGUCACAUCAAGGAUACAUUAGGAUAUUCUUCAGAAUACACACCUCAAUAUUUAUUUUUACUUUAACAAUCAUAUCUUAACGAAGUAUUUAAGAUCUGUUUUUCAAUUCCUAGAUCUAAACCAUAUAGCAUACCAUAUACCAAAUAUUAUACUUAACGAACAAACAAUAAUCAGAGGGAAUCGCUUAAAAAUAAGAAAUAGUUAUUGCUUCAGAGCAACAAUGAGAUCCUUGGAUUUUAAAUUUCUAGUUUUUUUUUUAAUUGAAUCAUGUUUACAAUUGAAACGACAGCAGCCUGAUCUUCGCACCAAGAUUUUUAACGUGAAUUUGAACAAGAAUUAAGGAAAAAAGUUUACUAAAGAGAAACGGCUUCGCGUUCUCGGGCUCAUCGUGAGGUUUACGAGCAGAUUGUCACAUGUUCUCUCCGAGAAGCGAUAACGGGGCACUGCCGUCGUAAACGGUACGAGAGCAAGUCGACAGAUAAGAGCCGCCAGUGACGGCAGAUCAGAUCCUGUCAUCGGUAGGAUGUAGCGGCGAUUCCUCGCGGUGUAGUGAUAGUUUAUUGAUAAAGUGUUGGCAAAGGCGAUAGCGGUAAUAGCGACGGCAGUGAUUGUUAUCGAAGAGUUUAUAAAUUUGGCGUUACCACUCUCUGUCAUUUCAUGCUCUGUGAAGAUUCCAAGCUUCCUCGCUGAAGACUGCAAACUAAUAGUAAAUCACGAAUACGUGGGGAUGUUAUGUAAGCCAUACUCGCCUUCAGUAAACACAUUCGGCACUCCCGCGUCGGGAUCUGAUUUGCAAUGCGCCACAAUGUUGCACAGUCGUAAUACUUCGAUUACAGAAAAUGAUUAAAUCGAGUCGAGUAAAAUACCAAUUGCUCUUGUUGAGGGCGUUUACUGUCUUUUGACUUGUUUUCGCAAAAUGUUUGUAUUAAAAUGUUACUCAAACACUCAUUUCUUGUUGUAUAUUAUGUACAUGAUGUAUUUUCUUUAAUUAUUUAUUGUGAAGAAAAUUCUAAUUGUCAGUACACGGAAUCACAGUUUCUCAAGUGACGUACGAGAUAGAACGUAUUGAUUAUGCAUCUCAACACGUGUUGGUUUACUCAGCGCGACGUGAGGAAUCCCGGUCUUUCAGGUGAUCAAGUUACUUGGUCGAAGAAUGCACGUCAAAGGCAGCAUGAGGAUAAUCUAUGCGCGUGGUUGAGUUUGGACGAGGUAGCGAGUUACGAGGAAGAUGUGCGAUUGAGGACCGAGGAGCCAGAAGAGGAGGACGAGAAAGAGAGUGAGGAACGGGGUUCAGGGAUGUCUACGGUGUCGACCAAUAAACUACAAGUUCUGUGGGAUCAUUUCAUCCACGCCGAACCUCAGAGUUACGAGAAAUCGUCCUGGCUUGAUAUAUUUCUGGCGGAACUGCUCGCGCAAAUUAAAGAAGGCAAAGACGUAAAAGAUGUUUUGUCUUGUUGUUCGGUUGGCGUUGGCGGUGUGUCAACUCUCGUGGCUUGCGAAUUGCUUUCGGAUGUGCACGAGUUGUGCGGAAACAAAAACAAUGGCGGUGAGUUGAUUGGUCUGCGAAAAUACCUGGUCCAGGAUCGCGGCUGGCGUUACCUGGCAGUGUUGCAUCUGUUAGGUGUACGUGGUUUAUCCUGCGGUCGCGAACUGGUCGCACUGUUGGUCGCUCUCUAUCAGGUCGCAUUCCAAGAGGGGGCCAACUCGGGGGCUGACUUGACUGUCGCGUCGCAAAAGUCUGAUGGCGAUUCCGCUGUCGUCGAGUCAUUGACACGCAACCAAUACAUCAAGUUUCACUGUAACGACGAUACCGUCGAUACAGUGAAUAUCGUGCUGCAUGCGAAACGCAAGAGCAAUAAGAAUUCUGGCCGCAGACGUUUUUCUCAUGAAGGCGAUACGCCGUCGCGCAGAAGAUUCGUUCGUCGACACAUGACUGGUACCACGAAAAUCCAGCAAUCCACCAGUCAUAAGCAAAAGAAGUCAUCAUCGAUUCUGGAAGCGCGACGUAAUACACCGAAGAACGAGACGAGCAGUGAGUUUGAACCAUCAACGGAUGGCAUUGAUCCAGCGCGUUCUCUUACGCUGAAGAUACGUCUGAAUCCGAUGGACUUCGAAUAUUUCACAUCGAUUGUUAGGAGCGACGAAGAGCAGAAAUGGCAAGCUGAACUGUAUGAGCUGCCACCUCGUCCCGUGAGGAAAACGCCGCGCGACUAUAUCGAUGAAAGGAUCCGCGAUGUAUUGGAUGCCAAUAUCAGUAAUUUCGAAAUUAGUCUAUUAAUUAUACAACUGCUGCAAGGUUUACGCGAUUAUGACACACCCGCCGAACAAACGCCAGCCGUGCAAGUCUUAAAAUUCGCUUUGGACACGCUAUGGUCACUACAAUUCGGCAUAGACGGCAGCAGUUUAAAUGGUACGGAAAGUGCGACCUUGAAGGCAGCGGCUGCCAGGUUGAUGUUGACAGCUCUCGAACGUGCCUUGAGGGCCGACGAACCUACCACGGCAGUGAUUCACAAUGGUCUGCUGCCAAUGACUCUGAGAUUGUUGGAAAAUGCCUGCAGCAAGCCAGUGAGUGUAUUAGAACCCGAGGAAGGUUCGUUGUUACAAGAAUUUAUCUUUGCCAUCAUCUAUGGAAUCGUCACGUUCCUCUAUUGCCUGUUGCACCAGCGUAGCAGUAAUGUCGACAAGCUGUCGGAUUUCCUCGAAUUAUUUCGACUUUUCGUCGAGAGUCAGGAUGGCAGGCUCGUCGAGAGAACGGUGUUUACGAUUGUAGAUCUUUCUAGUGUCGAUUCGGCGAAAUCAAUAGUACGGGCUAAGAAGAUAAUCGACAUAAUAGGGGCGCUGAUCAGCGGAUUGAAGCAUGUUCGUCGUGAUCUUUCGCACUCCACGCAGUGUCACAGGACCAAGCACAAAUCCUGUAUCGAACACAUUCAGAGUCACCAUCAUUCUGAUAUACUCGGAGCACCAUACUCUCAGUCGAUCGUUGGCGUAACCGAUAAACAAGUGUGCUGUAUCGCCUCAUUAUUUGCGACUCUCACGAGUUUACUGAAAGAAUCUCAUUUAUUCGCAAGCGAGCUGCAGGUGAGACUGAUCGGGAUAAUCACCGCCGCGGGUACGUGCUGUUGUUUCCCACCGAAGGUACUCGUUUCAUGCAUCGUCGCCUGUCUCAGAAAACGUAAUUUCUCGACAUACGCGCCAGCCGUAGCGUUCUUGGAGCGUACUCUCUUCAGAGAACUAGGUGUUUAUUCGACCAUGGAAGCAUGCAGCACCUGUGACAAACCAGCCAAUUACUCGUGGGAUUUCCUGGAACUGUACAUUGAUUUGCUGUAUCUUGACGAUCCGAAACUCUGUUACGUUGUCAUGGCGCAUCUGCUGAAAGUCACACCCGUUUCUCGAUUUCACGUCAAAGAACAACUUUUUUUCAAAAUUUUCUAUCCAACUUUUUUACGUGCUAAAACGCAUUACGUAGCCGAUAAAGACAACGCAACGGCGAGAUUUCUUUUGCAGUCCUGUAUAUCCGUUAUAUCAUGUUUAAUUGUGAAUCUGAAAAUGUGCGAGAAAUUCAUGGAGAUAAACGGAUUGCACGAAAUACUAUCUUUAAUAGCGGACGCGACAUUCACUAGGAGCGUCUACGCUCUUUUAGAAGUCACCGUGACCGUAGAAAUCUGGAGGAUUUGUAAGGAAUUUGACAAUACGGAAAGUAUUGAGACGCCAGCGACUAAGUUCCUCUUUGAAACCCUUGAUAGAGAGACGAACGAAUUGUUCAUCAAUUUGCAGCGUCUUAAGGAACUAAAUGUGGGAGAGAAGGCGGACCAGCAAAACGAGAAGGAUACGCCUGAUGAUUGUGACAAUCAAAAAGCUGAAAUAUCUGCUCUCGAUGAUUUAAGAACAGAGACCGCUGAGGUGGCGAUUGAAGGUCUCGAUGAUACAACAUUAUCGCAAUUACCUGAAAGUAAUAUUCACGAACAAUUAGAGAACAAGACUGAUACAAUAAAUGCCAUAGCAAAUUUGAAUUCGUUUGACUUUCUUAUAGAAAAUGCCAUUGAAGUGUGUAACGACGAGGAUGCGCCGUAUAAUAAAUUCAGCCUGUAUCAGGCUAGCGCAGCAUGGAGGGCUGCUGCAGGAGUAGCAUUAUGUAGCCCAAAAUUCCGCACUGAAUUAUCAGCACAUCCAAUAUCAAAAAAAUCAUUACACUUAUUCAAGUUGUUAACUGUGAGCAUCGCUAUGGAUAGUAUUGAAGAUAAAUCAGCGCAUAAGCUCUUCGAAGCCCUGAUUACGUGUUGUCUGAUAUCUCCGUUGUAUAAUUGUAACAUAGUCAUGGAGUUAAGAAAGAUACUGAUGAAUACUGGAAUAACACUUGGCCGUGGAAUAGCUGUGAUAGUGGACGCGGUGUUGAAGGUCUCUAUGCUAAAACCAGCACAAGAAAACAGUAUACAGCAACAACCGCGUCCCAGACUUCCAACCAUAUCGUUAGAGACUCUACCAGAUUAUGGUGCAGAAGAUAGCAGUACCGGCGAAUACGUAACCGCUGAUGAUGGAUAUGAAGCAGAUAUUGAAGUGCCUGGGAAAAAUACUAACAGCAUUUCCAAGAAAAACAGCAGCCCCCUUGGACCUGUGACAGAGCCGAGAAGCCACGCCAAUGCACAUCCUGCUUUGUGUUCCCUGGCAAUAGAUCUUUUAAUUCAUUUCAGUGAACAAGGUUUAGAUUUAGAAAGAGGAUCGAUAAUAACUGGUGGAUUGCGAAGGGUCACCGUUACUUGUCGAGAAAGUGCCUCAAGUUGUGCCGCCCUUGCGGCUUCAGGAACUAUUAUGAAAAUAUUGAAUGGUUUUAAAAAUAUAUUUAUGGAAAACGAUCCGCGAUAUCGAGACUUGCAACACGCGGCAUUGGAAGUUUUUACAUUAUUGGCAACGCAAUCAAUCUCACCAACAGAGCUUGUCGCGUAUCUGUCGUUUUUCAAAGUAAAGAAAUCGCCAUUAUUGCCCUUGCUGGAGCCAUUAUAUCACUUGGUGCUGGCUGCUCGACCUCAGCCGAAUUUUAUUCUAUCAUUCCCUGUACAGUAUGACACGAAAGUGUCGCUGAAGGCCCAAACGGAGGAACACAAAAAUCUGGAAAAAGUUGAGAAUCUUGUGAACAAUUUUAGAAAGAAGCAUCUCGCUGCGGGAAUUUGUAGUCCGUGGUCCGUACAUGCAACGUGUCUGCCCAUCGGACCGGAGCUUGCUUGGUCGGUGUGGUUGCAUGGUUGCUCCGUUUCCAUGUGGUUAAGGAUAGAAAGAGGGCUACCAGUUGGCGGACGUACUGUCCACAGUACUUCCCCAUUGCUUGAUUCAGAUAGUGAGAGUUUAUCAGACUGGGGUAUUCUUUCUGAUGACUGGAGUCGAGAUGUUUUAGCAGGUUCUGUGUCGCCACCCACUCCAACAUCAAUAAUACAUUUGAUGUCCAUCGGGUUUGAGUCGUUAGUUUUAGAAACUUGGCUUGAUCUUAGAUCAGAUAAAUUAAUUUUACGACUCACUCGACCAGAUGAUAAGAUGAAUCGGACAAUCUCCGAAACUUCGAUAAAUGGUAUGCUUCCUUCGGGAUGUUGGCAUCACUUAACUUUAAAUAUUAAAGAUACUGUCUUGAAUAAGCGCAGUGCUGUAGUUGAAGUUACGCUCUGGGUGAAUGGUUGGAAAGAAAUCAAUGCUCAAUUACCAUUUGACGGUUUACUAGUGAGAAAACCUGGUACUACGUGUAUUUUGUUAGGUCAAAUUGGGUCGAGUUUUGGUAGUAUUGGUGCGUGGUACCUUGGAAAUUUAAUGAUUUUUAGAUGUCCAGUAUUUACGAAAGAACGUGCAUUGCACCUGGCAGGUUUCGGACCAAAUUAUACUAACUUAGCAGAUUAUACUUUAAAUACGGUCAAACCAGAUUUUGCACCCCUUAUUGCAUCCGGUGCAUUGAAUGGCGUUCGCGAAGUGAGAUAUGAAGGAGGUAAAUUUGAUUUAAGCCGUCGAAAAUCUUAUGGCGGUACUUAUUUGAGACACGCCGUCGAAACGGUGGUAUCGGAAUCGAAAAUUGAUUGGGAUGCUGUUAUGGACGUGACAAAUUCACAUCUUAGCGAGCUGCAAGAUAAUUUGCUUCUUAAUUAUGAGGCUCAAAAUCCCAAUAUCGUACAUUUGUAUCCUCAAGCUGUCGCUAAUCCUGCUGUUGUUGUGAGAAGUAUCUUCCCGAGUCAACCAGGUUUCAGAGUCGUUUCGGUCCCAGAGCACAGAGUAUCACAACAGCCACCUUUAUCGAUACCUACGAUCGUAUCUACUCGUUUAGAGAGUCAACAAUACCGAGGUCUUGUACCUGCAGCAAUCUUAGUGGGCGGUGUACCAGUAUUCUUAUAUCUUUUUGCCAGAGUGGUAGAAUUAAGUUCAACCGAAGAAGAACAAGCAUUAGCUUUGUCCAUAAUCCUGCAUCUUGUUCGUAGUGAUUCGGAACUUCUGAAUCAAUAUCGAUCAGACGGCGGGACGUCACUAAUUCUGCGUGUCCUAGAAUCAUCUAGGUGUCACGCAGGUAGACAUAUUCUGAAGGCGAUGCUAGAUGCGGCAUGUGACAGCUCGAUCAUCAUCAAAGAUAUCAGCAGUGGCAAUCAUUCCAUCUCACAAAAUUGCGAAGCCGUUAUCAUAGAUCCGGGACUAAUCAAGGGUGCACUCACCGCGUGGAGAGCGUGGGUGAAAUACGAUACGUUAAAUUUACUGUUGCAAGCAUUAUUACUUUUAUUGCGCGAUCAACAUUCGCAUCGUGAAUUCAAUGCGUCACAAUUAAACAGGGUCGGAAUCGUAGAUACAAUUCUUACCUUAUGUAAGGAACACUUCAUGUACGAAAUGCAUGAAGAAGAAAGUACCAUAUUAGACUCGAAUACUGGAAUCGCUAUUGUGGAACUGAUGCGUGCCUUAAUGGGUGCACCGCCUGAAUUUGCUCACUUGGUCGCCAUCACUGAUUAUCUGGUUCUCGUUCAUCAAGCCUCGGAAACUUAUGUCACUCACUCGCGACACAAUAUCUAUUUUAUGCUGCCGCAACUGAAGGAAAAGAAUACAAAAAGGAACGAUACUAUUUCUGAUGAAUCGAUAGGUAUGGUGGAGAACAGUAAACUAAACAAGGCACUGACAAAUGAACAGAUUCAAAAAACGCGAAGCCCUAAAAAGAAGGAUCGUAAAAACGUGCUCUCAUCAGAUAAUACUAGUGCCGGAGAAGAUUCUGGAAUUGCAGGUAGCGAUGGGUCUAAUCCUCAAAGUAACGAAAGACAAUCAACAUACGCGGAUGAAAGAAGAGCCUGUCAGGGCUUAGUCUGCGAAGGGUUGUUAUUAUUAUUGAGAGAUGCCCUGAGAGUGUUACCAGAUUGUCAAGUUGGAUUAGUACUAAAGCAUGUUUUAAGAGCUGAACUGCUAUUAGUUCUAGCCAAUGAUCCUGAUAAUCGUGUACGCACAGCAUUGAUUAAGGUGAUACAAACCUAUCUACAACGUGCUAGCGAUGAGGAAGUAAAUAAGUUUAUAAAACAAAAGUAUUUCAUGCAUCUAGGAAAUCAGAUAGCUUUAUAUCCUGGAAGCGAAUCGCUGAUUGUCGCUUUAGAAAAUUUAGCUUUACGAGGUCCGACACUGGCGGCGAUGCCACCGUUAAUGGCAAUGAUUGCGAAGGCCGCGAGCUCUGAUUCAAAUGUAGCCAGGCCAAUAGUAUCUUUUAUCACUGACAUAAUAGCAAAGAACACGAGUGCACUGAAAGUACUUCUGGAGCAAGGUUUAAUCGAAUCAUUGGCACAAGCUUUGGCCGCAGCCGCGCAUAAGAGUACUUCAACAUCUAUUCACCGAGACAUUCACGUACUAUUCGUAGCAAUCGUGACCAAGCUUCUAGAACUACCGGGAAAUCAUCAGAUGCAAGCUGUACUCGAUCUACACAUGAUACUCGAUUACAUGGAACUAUCGGAGAAGUUACGAUGCCGCGCAAGUUUAACUUGCACGACCAUAAGAGACGCCCAAGUCGCAUUAUUUGAUGGAGAGUUAGAUAUGCUUACGACUAAAAUGUCGAAUCCUUCAGGAUUUCGUCUACGUAGCACAGCCUCUUAUUUGGCUUCGGCAUCUUACUUUACCUCAGUUCUCACGACAUCCAGCGAACAGAGUGAUCACGGGUCUCGUUCGUCUAGUUAUGCAAACUUUCAGACAAAUUCAUCCCAGGUGUUACGCGAACCUAGCAAAGGAGAACUAAAUGAUCGUUUUCGUAUUAUUGUGACACGUGCCGUUGAAUUUAUAAUGGCUGCUGACGCGUCGCCAUCUGUCAACGAAUUGCAAUUGACGAGAAGGUUAUUUUCCAUUCUUCUACAUGGUUUGUGUAAUCCGCUGGAGAAGAAAAAUCACUGGAGCAACACAUGGUCUGUUAGAUCGGCUUUGAAAAAGUAUACGGCUAAAAUUAUGGUAUGGCUGCUGGAACCACAUCAAAAUAUGAAUACGAGAGUAUACGCCAUCAGAUCUCUAAUGGAAGAACCGAGAGCUCGUGAAAUUUUGUCAUGUAUUCUGGAAGUUCAUCCACAGAUGGAGCAAAAGUUCACUGUAUUUUUUUGGGACCUGUUGCAAAAACGAGACGAGAUGCCGAGUGCUGAUGCUAGGGUGUGUGCAGAGUUAAGGGAAGCUUUGCGUGUAUGGAACCUUGCCAAAGGGAUAGAACAAGCUAGUCCUGAAGUAUGGAAUGAUGAAUUAGCUUUGUUACGUCGAGAUUUGCUUUCAACUCAAGAUAUUUGUAUCGACAAUUAUUCUGUGGUUUUAAGAAUUGGCAAAAGAUUUGAUGCGUUGGCGAAGCAGUUAACUGAAAGCGCUAUGACCAUAACGCGUUCGGUUGUGGAGGAACAAAAUCGUGAGCGCAAGGUGUUGAUGGAGCAGUUAAAACACACACGAGCAUUAGAGGCACAAGCGGUGGCUAGAUGGAGAGACAUAGCCAAACGACUAACACACGAACGGGCGCCAUGGCACUUUCCUGAAAGUUACCCGAAAAAUUGGGAAUUAGAUCCAACUGAAGGCCCUGCGAGAGUCAGAAUAAGACUUCAGAGAUGUCAUCUGAAUAUUGAUGAGAAAUUUUUUUUGCCUGAGUAUCAAGAUAAAUUAGCAUCUUCUAAUAUCGAGCUGCCAUUAUCGUAUUUGUUUACAAGUACUCGCGAAGACGCCAAUACUGCGGCAUUAAUAGAACGGUUGCAUACGAGUGAAAAAAUACGUAAGAUGUCUCAGGCAAAAGUUGUUACACCUAGGGCUGAAUUAGCUGGAGAAGUCCUCAUCGGCGAGACGUGCGUGUAUUUCGUUCCGGACAAUCCCGAUAUGCCGUUACAUACGGAUAUAGCAUUGGGUGGUUUCGAUUUGGCUGUGGCUGGUGGUACCGCUUGGCGUCUCGAAGAUAUUCGAGAAUUGCACAGAAGAAGAUACCAAUUGCAAGAGAGAGCCAUCGAAAUCUUUCUCAUUACUGGCAGAACAUACCUAUUGGCAUUCAAUUCGUCCAAGGAAAGGGAUGAAUUUGCGACGGAAUUGUCCGCAUGCAAUUUACCUAGGCGAAUCCCUGGUGAUGAUUUAGGAGAGGCUCUAGCCUUGUGGAGGAGUGGCGUGCUUACUAAUUGGGAAUACAUAACUUGCUUGAAUAAACUAGCAGGCCGUUCGUAUAAUGACUUAAUGCAAUAUCCCGUAUUUCCGUUCGUCUUGGCAGAUUACAUUAGCGAGAAGAUCGACUUGAACAACCCGAAAAUUUAUCGAAAUUUUAAACGACCAAUGGCUGUGCAAGAUAAAAAGAACGAGCAACAUUACAUAAAUAAUUAUAAUUACUUGAAACAAACUUUAACAGAAGGAUUAAAUCUAAUUGCUUUAAAUCAAGGACCAUUCCAUUAUGGCUCUCAUUAUAGUAAUUCUGGAACUGUAUUACACUUUUUGGUACGGCUUCCACCGUUUACUAGCAUGUUCCUUUGUUAUCAAGAUAACAAUUUUGAUAUUCCCGACCGAACAUUUCAUGCAUUAGCCACUACAUGGAGAUUAACUAGUUGCGAUUCAACAACAGACGUGAAGGAAUUGAUACCAGAAUUUUUUUAUUUACCUGAAUUUUUAUUAAAUUUCGAAGGAUUCAAUUUCGGUGUUCGACAAAAUGGCAACCAAGUAGGAGAUGUUGAAUUGCCAAAGUGGUGUGGUGGUGAUGCACGUCUAUUUAUAUUGGCACAUAGAGCUGCGCUGGAAUCCGACAUUGUGAGGGAGGUAUUGCCAUACUGGAUCGAUCUUGUCUUUGGAUUCAGACAGACAGGAAGACCGGCAAUAGAAGCCAUAAAUGUUUUUCAUCCCGCAACCUAUUAUGGAUUCGACGUAGAAAAGAUAAUCGAUCCUUUAGAACGUCAGGCCUGGGAAACUAUGGUGCGAACUUACGGUCAAACACCUGCGCAAUUAUUCAGAGCUCCCCACCCAUUGAUUCAAAAUCUCGGCAAUAUAGCACUGUCUAAUCAAAUGCCGCAGGUCAUUGAAGGAAUCAAUGGUAUAAAAUGGGGAAAUUAUGUGGGUGCGCCCGGCAAUGAGCCCGUAUUAUGUUGGAAGCUUAAGCACAAAACUCUGUUAGCUUCUCUAGUUCCUUUGGCAACUGGUGAUGUUUUUGGUUUGCCUAAUUAUACUACGCUUCUCCUUGGUUACACCAAAGAAAAAGGCAGCAGCAUGUUAAGCGGUAUGUCUGUAUUGGGUGUUGCAUUAACGUCAUGGAGCGGCACAGAUGGAAUCGCUAGAUUAAAAUGUAAGAAGGAACAGCCACCAAGACCUCUAAUUAAAUCCUCAGGUCUUGAUCCCAUUACAACGCUAGCAUCUACUCCUGAUUGUGGACAACUUUGGAUUGGACAUUUAUCGGGUAGAAUUACAGUGCACGCGUAUACCAUAGGGACUACGAGUAAAAUCGAAUUCAGUUCAACAUCUGCGACGGUACUUUUGGCUCACAGAAAUCGAGUGACAGUCAUAUCUCUGUCGCGUGCAUUUAGCAUUGCUUGUUCCGGUGAUAGCAGCGGUAUCAUUGUUAUUUGGGAUUUAAAUAGCUUAACAUACGUGAGAUCAAUAGUCCGUGACCAAGGUUAUGCUAUACAUCUUUUGUGUAUUAGCGAGACACUCGGUGAUGUGGCCGCUACUUACGACUUUCCCAGAUCAGAGGACAAUGCGACCAACAAUCAGUCCGAGUUGACGGUGCACACUAUAAACGCGAGAGACGUGGGCUCCAUUUUAUCUAGAAGACGUGUAACGGCACUCUGUUACAGUAACGCACCAGAGGGUGUUUCUGUUAAUGUCAUCGCAACCGGUUUAGACAACGGAAUAAUAAGAUUAUGGAGCAGUUGGGAUCUGCAAUUAGUCAGAGAGAUUUCGAAUAACGUGAAAGGUUGCGGCGCGAUAAUCGCUGUAGCAUGGUCGCUGGAUCAGCACCAUUUGUACGCGGUCACCGAGGAUUCCACUGUUCUCAUUUGGGAAGGAUCUAAGCGUCUCGGCAACGGUACACCGAAAUUCGUCAAUCUAACGUCAUAUUGA